CCGACUUUUGUUAGCCCGCCACAAAACUGGUUUUUACCCUCACCGGAUCACCGUCUUCACUCCUCACUCCUCCUCUUCUCCUCCUCCUCCUCCUCAAAUGCAGACUUUCACAAACUCUUCAAUUCUUCUUUCAUUGAAUAAAUACUGAGACCUCAGAACUCAGCUUUGGACGAGGAAGAGGGAAGAGUCUUCACCCUAUCUAUUCAAAUGCUGAGAACCAUCUCCAUCUCCCGGACUCAUCUGAGAUCCCUCUUCCAAAACCGAGCUCCUCAUUGUACAAUCCCAAACCAAACUCCAUCUCCCACGUCCACCUCUUCCAGUUUGAUCACCUAUUCUCGGUACUCGACGUCAUCAAAGCACGAGAAGGAGGAUAGGAAUGAGGUCGUUUCGCUUUUGAACAGAGACCGAAAUGCGCCUCCAAGGCUUUUUGUGGUCCAGCCCCGGCUUCGUCCCGAUUCUAUCUUGCAGGCCAAGCUGAAUGAAGCUCUGAGCCUCGCCAAUUCUCUUGAAGAACAACGAAGUGGAUGCUUUGAGAACAAUUUGUGUGAUAAGGGAACACCACCGCACGUUGUAGUUCAAAACCCAUUAGCAAGGCACCAAACUCGUGCAGAUACAUAUUUUGGAAAAGGAACUUUGGAAGCUGUUAAGUGUUAUCUGAAUGCUGGUGAAGAAAAGGAAAGACACUUUUUUUUUCGUUCAGGUGAAGUUGAUGCUAUUUUUGUGAAUACAACUCUAUCUGGAAUUCAGCAGAGGAACUUGGAGAGACUGUUGGGAAAACCAGUUUUGGACCGUGUUGGUCUUAUUAUAGAGAUUUUUAAUGCCCAUGCCUGCACGAAGGAGGGCAAGCUGCAGGCCGAGUUAGCAGCACUAAUGUAUAAGAAAACAAGACUUAUAAGAAUGCGUGGCCCUGGUGGUCGCUUAGGUUUUGGAAUGGCUGGAGAAGCGGAAGUUGUUAGUGCUCGAGGGAGAGGAAAUGCUGGAGCGGGAUUUAUUAGUGGUGCAGGAGAAACUGAACUUCAACUUCAAAGACGAAGAAUUACAGAAAGGAGGAGUAGUCUACUAGAACAAAUUAAGGAUGUUCGUCGUACUCGAGCUGUGCAACGUGCGUCUCGCAAGAGGCAUGGGAGCUCUGGUCAAGGUUUAGCUACUGUUGCUGUUGUGGGAUAUACAAAUGCUGGAAAAUCUACAUUGGUGAGUGCUCUCUCACAUAGCGAUCUCUACAGUGAUUCUCGAUUGUUUGCAACAGUUGACCCUAGAUUGAGAAGUGUACUUCUUCCGUCCGGGAGGAAAGUGCUUGUUAGCGAUACAGUAGGAUUUAUUUCUGAAUUGCCAGUGCAGUUAGUGGUGGCAUUUCAUGCAACUUUAGAAGAAGUAGUGGAGGCUGAUCUGCUUGUGCAUGUGUUGGAUUGCACUGCUCCUAAUCUUGAGGAGCACCGAUCAACUGUAUUACAGGUUCUCGAGCAAAUUGGUGUAUCCAAGGAGAAGCUUGAUAAUAUGAUUGAAGUUUGGAAUAAGAUUGACAAUGAAGCAGAAGAUGGGACAACAGAUGUUAAUGAAUCUCUUGAGGAUGGUGAAGAUGGUGAAGAUGGUGAGGUGAGCAGCCUUUCAGGAGAAGAUGAUGAUGUGGAAUAUGAACCGUCACCUGGAACAGAAAACCAUAAGGCUGAUGAUCCUUUGUGUGAGUUGCCAGUGGAGAAUAUUGAAGCCAUGGAUGACCUAAAACCCGAUUACCAGUCAGAGGAUAACCAAGAUCCUUGGGGUGAAGGUGGUUUUUGCAUGGGCUCGAAGACUGCUGAUAAUAAACAAAGUGAGAACCCCAAGGACUGGGCCGCAGAUAAGCAAUUGCAAUCAGAAGUUCCAUCUGGACCACAUGUUAGAACAUCAGCCAUAACUGGAGUUGGCUUACAAGAGUUGUUGGAGCUCAUUGAUGAGAAACUGAAUGUCCCAAAUGUUGUGCAAAAGGGCGUGUUUGAUCGAAAAUGGAGGCCCCCUCGUACAGAGGAGGAGAGUAUUGCAGUGGAACAAUGAUAAAUGCAUGUGAAGAUGUUUGUUCAAUUAUGCAAUCUCUGAUGAAAGACAGGCUUCUGUUGGAAGGGCCUAUUUCGACAGGGGUAACCGACAACUAUAGAUCAAGUCUUCAGGAAGCAAUUGUGGCUCAUGGCAGAAUAAAUGUCAAGAAAGGACUGAAGACAUUAUAGCAUCAAAGUUUCCAAGUACACCAGUUUGAACAUUUCUUCAAGCCUUGGCCGUUGGGAGUUCCAGAUCCCUUGUCUGUGUUGUACCUAGUAGAAAAUAAAAGCAAUUUUGGUUGAAGAAAUGGAGUCUUUACAGGUUUACACACCUCGUUUCUUCUUGUAGCCUUGUUAGAUUUUUUAUUUAUUGAUUGAUUUUAUAAUAUAUCAUUUUACAUU